AUGGUUGUAGUUGCCGGCUUGCCGCGGCCGAAGUUACGGCUUCCGUAUUGGAAGAAGACACAUCUGGCAUCCUCCAGGAACAAGCCUGGCCGCCAUUGGAUCCGUCUCUACUUCUUACCUAUCCCUGACAAAAAUACAACCUCACCUCAGCAACAUUCUGUGUGUUACGCUGACAAUAUGGUUCUUCUCCAUGACUUCUCCUUCAUAGCCAGUCCCCCUAACCCCAUCCUUAAGGAGUAUAUUGUUGUAACACAGGGAGACACCUCGAAGAUCAUUUUCACCCCAAAGGACUCAAUAGCAUUCAUCAAUGCUAUUGAAAUUGUCUCAGCACCACCCACCCUAAUUCCAAAUACCACCAAUGGCCUGCCUCCUCAAGAACAAUUUGACAUCUCCAACAAUGCAUUGCAGGUAGUGUACCGGCUAAAUAUGGGGGGUGCACUUGUGACAGCCUUCAACAACACACUGGGCAGGACCUGGUUACCAGAUGCACCUUUUUUGAAGCUUGAGGCAGCAGCACAGGCGGCUUGGGUUCCUCCUAGAACCAUCAAGUACCCUGAUGACAAGGCAGUCACACCACUCAUUGCUCCAGCAAACAUAUACUCAACGGCACAGCAGACAGCAUCGUCAAAUACCUCGCAAGCAAGAUUCAACAUAACUUGGGAAAUGGAAGCAGAGCCAGGAUUCAACAAGGCACUCAAUAGCCUCUACUUCAAUGUCUACAUAAAUGGCAUGAUGGGUGUAUCCAACCUUGACCUCUCAAGCUUGACAAUGGGCCUUGCAGUAGCCUACUACCAGGACUUUACCGUGGAUUCAUCCAGCAUCAUCAACUCCACUCUUCUAGUGCAGGUUGGCCCAAGCACAACCGAUUCCAGCAAUACUGAUGCCAUCCUUAAUGGCCUUGAAGUCAUUGCUUAUGGACUGGGCCGCUAUUUCACCUUCGCUGAAAUUCAGAAAGCCACAAAAAACUUUGAAGAAAAGGAUGUCAUUGGUGUCGGUGGCUUUGGGAAGGUUUAUCUUGGUGUUCUUGAGGAUGGUACAAAACUAGCUAUCAAGAGAGGCAAUCCAUCUUCUGAUCAAGGUAUGAACGAAUUCCUGACUGAAAUCCAAAUGUUGUCAAAGCUUCGUCACCGCCACCUGGUUUCACUCAUUGGUUGCUGUGAUGAGAAUAAUGAGAUGAUCCUGGUUUAUGAGUUCAUGUCAAACGGUCCACUCAGGGAUCAUCUAUAUGGUGGUACAAACCUGAAGCCUCUAUCUUGGAAGCAACGCUUAGAAAUUAGCAUUGGGGCAGCAAAAGGCCUGCAUUAUCUUCAUACAGGUGCAGCUCAGGGUAUAAUUCACCGCGAUGUCAAGACUACCAACAUUCUCCUUGAUGAAAAUUUUGUGGCCAAGGUUGCUGAUUUUGGCCUAUCAAAAGCUGCUCCAUCCCUUGAGCAAACCCAUGUCAGCACUGCUGUCAAAGGAAGUUUUGGCUACCUUGAUCCAGAGUACUUCAGACGUCAACAACUAACAGAGAAAUCAGAUGUAUGCUCGUUCGGGGUGGUACUCUUUGAGGUACUGUGUGCAAGGCCAGCCAUCAAUCCAGCACUUCCAAGAGACCAGGUGAACCUCGCAGAAUGGGCCCUUACAUGGUACCACAAGGGAGAGCUCAACAAAAUAAUUGAUCCUCACAUUGCAGGUCAAAUCAGGCCUGAUUCACUUGAGAUGUUUGCUGAGGCUGCUGAAAAAUGUCUUGCUGACUAUGGAGUCGACCGUCCAUCAAUGGGAGAUGUUUUGUGGAAACUUGAAUUUGCCUUGCAACUUCAAGAAAAGGGUGAUGUUGUUGAUGGAACCAGCAAUGGGAUACCAAUGAAGCACUUCAACGACUCAGUGUAUGAAUGA